UUUCAGGGGCACCUCUGGCAGCUGCCGUGAUUUGAGAAUCUCGGGUCUCUUGGUUGACUGAUCCUGGGAGACUGUGGAUGAAUAAUGCUGGGCACGGCCCCACCCGGAGGCUGCGAGGCUUGGGGGUCCUGGCCGGGGUGGCUCUGCUCGCUGCCCUCUGGCUCCUGUGGCUGCUGGGGUCAGCCCCUCGGGGUACCCCGGCACCCCAGCCCACGAUCACCAUCCUUGUCUGGCACUGGCCCUUCACUGACCAGCCCCCAGAGCUGCCCAGCGACACCUGCACCCGCUACGGCAUCGCCCGCUGCCACCUGAGUGCCAACCAAAGCCUGCUGGCCAGCGCCGACGCCGUGGUCUUCCACCACCGCGAGCUGCAGACCCGGCGGUCCCACCUGCCCCUGGCCCAGCGGCCACGAGGGCAGCCCUGGGUGUGGGCCUCCAUGGAGUCUCCUAGCCACACCCACGGCCUCAGCCACCUCCGCGGCAUCUUCAACUGGGUGCUGAGCUACCGGCGUGACUCGGACAUUUUUGUGCCCUAUGGCCGCCUGGAGCCCCACUGGGGGCCCUCGCCACCGCUGCCAGCCAAGAGCAGGGUGGCCGCCUGGGUGGUCAGCAACUUCCAGGAGCGGCAGCUGCGUGCCAGGCUGUACCGGCAGCUGGCGCCUCAUCUGCGGGUGGAUGUCUUUGGCCGUGCCAAUGGACGGCCGCUGUGCGCCAGCUGCCUGGUGCCCACCGUGGCCCAGUACCGCUUCUACCUGUCCUUUGAGAACUCUCAGCACCGCGACUACAUUACGGAGAAAUUCUGGCGCAACGCACUGGUGGCUGGCACUGUGCCAGUGGUGCUGGGGCCCCCACGGGCCACCUAUGAGGCCUUCGCGCCGGCUGACGCCUUCGUGCAUGUGGAUGACUUUGGCUCAGCCCGAGAGCUGGCGGCUUUCCUCACUGGCAUGAAUGAGAGUCGAUACCAACGCUUCUUUGCCUGGCGUGACAGGCUGCGCGUGCGACUGUUCACCGACUGGCGGGAACGUUUCUGUGCCAUCUGUGACCGCUACCCACACCUGCCCCGCAGCCAAGUCUAUGAGGACCUUGAGGGUUGGUUUCAGGCCUGAGCUCCGCUGGCCGGGGGAGGUGGGUGUGGGUGGAAGGGCUGGGUGUCGAAAUCAAACCACCAGGCAUCCGGCCCUUACCGGCAAGCAGCGGGCUAACGGGAGGCUGGGCACAGAGGUCAGGAAGCAGGGGUGGGGGGUGCAGGUGGGCACUGGAGCAUGCAGAGGAGGUGAGAGUGGGAGGGAGGUAACGGGUGCCUGCUGCGGCAGACGGGAGGGGAAAGGCUGACGAAGACCCUCCCCACCCUGAACAAAUCUUGGGUGGGUGAAGGCCUGGCUGGAAGAGGGUGAAAGGCAGGGCCCUUGGGGCUGGGGGUACCCCAGCCUGAAGUUUGUGGGGGCCAAACCUGGGACCCCGAGCUUCCUCGGUAGCAGAGGCACUGUGGUCCCCGAGACACAGGCACGGGUCCCUGCCACAUCCAUAGUUCUGAGGUCCCUGUGUGUAGGCUGGGGCGGGGCCCAGGAGACCACGGGGAGCAAACCAGCUUGUUCUGGGCUCAGGGAGGGAGGGCGGUGGACAAUAAACGUCUGACCAGUGCCUCGUGGGUCUGGCCAGUGUCUCAUGGGUCACCUCCGUGCAGGGACACAGAGCCUGCGUCUGCCCUCCCCUGACAUGUCGCCCCCACGGCCAUGGGGCUGCUUGUUCCCCACGGGGGGUCCUGUCUCCUGACUUCGGGGCCUUUGCUCACCCUCCGCCUGAGAGCCCUCCCUGUGCCGGGCUGCCUACUGGCUCCCCCAGUUCCUACAGCCUCCGCCAGACGGCCCCUUGUCAGAGAGCCUUCUGUGUCCCCCAAAAGGCCAAGGCGAUGAGCCCAGGAGUUCGAGACCAGCCUGGGCAGUGUAGUGAAAUCUCAUCUCCACCAAAAAUACAAGAAUUAGCAGGGCGUGGUGGCUCAAGCCUGUGGUCUCAGCUACUUGGGAUACUGAGGUGAGAGGAUGGCUUGAGCCCAGGAGGUUGAAGCUUCAGUGAGCCGUGAUCACACGACGGCACUCCAGCCUGGACAACAGAAUGAGACCCUGUCUCAAAACAAAAACCGAAACAGGCCAAGGUUGGGGAAGAGUAGGGAACGGACGUCAGAGGCCUG